GAGGAGGGACCGGGGGUGCGAGGCGCGCGGCGCAGCGAUGGAGCCGGACAGCGCGGGCGCGGAGGCCGGCAUGGAGAGCGCGGGAGGUGACCCGUACCGGCGACCUGCGCGGCGCACGCAGUGGCUGCUGAGCGCCCUGGCGCACCACUAUGGGCUGGACCGCGGCGUGGAGAACGAGAUCGUGGUGCUGGCCACCGGCCUGGACCAGUACCUGCAGGAGGUCUUCCACCACCUGGACUGCCGCGGCGCCGGCCGCCUGCCCCGCGCCGACUUCCGCGCCCUCUGCGCUGUGCUGGGGCUGCGCGCGGAGGGGGCCACCGCGGCCGGGGAGGCAGCCGGAGACGCGAACUCCAGAGCUGUGACCACCGGGGACGCGGCCGCUGAGUUGGCCACGGACGGGGACUCAGAUACCGACGAAGAGGCGCGCCUGGCGCUGCGCGCCGAGCCGCCGGAGCUCACCUUCCGCCAGUUCCACGCGCGCCUCUGCGGCUACUUCGGCACCCGUGCGGGGCCCCGGCUGCCCCGCGGCGCUCUCAGCGAGCACAUCGAGACGCAGAUCCGCCUGCGCCGUCCGCGCCGCCGCCGCCGCCCGCCCUGCGCGCCUGGCCCUGACAGCGGUCCUGACUGCGAGCGCGUUGCGCGGCUGGAGGAGGAGAAUAGCAGCUUGCGCGAGUUGGUGGAGGACCUGCGCGCUGCGCUGCAGAGCAGUGAUGCACGCUGCCUAGCACUGCAGGUCGGGCUCUGGAAGAGCCAGGCGAGCACCCACGAGAUGGAGCGCGGCGGACCGGAGGCUGCGGUGCGGGAACUGCGGCAGGCACAAGGCGCGCUGGCUGCGGCGGAGGCCCGCGCUGGGCGGCUGCGCCGUGGCCAGGCCGAGGUGCGGCGGCGCGCGGAGGAGGCCCGGCAGGUGGUGCUGCGCAGCCUGCACCGCGUGCGAGAGCUGGAGGCGCUGGCGCGACAGGUGCCCGGCUUGCAGCGCUGGGUGCGGCGGCUGGAAGCGGAGCUGCAACGCUACAGGUCAGAGGACUCCCAGCUCCCAACCCCACAGUUAGCCAGCCCGGAGCCAGGAGACAAGAGUAAUGAACCUGAAGAUGCUGGGACCAGAGACCCAGACCCCACUCCAGAGGGAGCCUGGCAGUCAGACAGCAGCUCCGGAAGCAGAGCCCCGGAUGAAGCAGUGGACGAGCAGCUGUUCCGAUCCGUGGAGGGCCAGGCCGCCUCUGACAAGGAGGAGGAGGAGGAGGAGAAGUGGCGGGAGGAGCAGAAGAUGCCGGCAGCUGAGGCCAAGACACUGCUGGCCCGGCUCUCCAGCUGCAGAGGCAGGUGUGAUGACCAGACGGCGGAGAAGCUCAUGACUUACUUUGGUCACUUCGGUGGUGCCGACCAUGCCUGCACCCUGGGGGAGUUGGAGGCCUGCGUUGCCAUGCUGGUGGAGCAGCUGAGGACUCAGGGCUGCGGUGGGAGGACCCUGGGGACCUCUGGGGAGGAGGCAGAGUUGCAGCAGAAGGUGGAAGAGAAUGAGCACCUGAGGCUGGAGCUGCAGAUGGUGGAGACUGAGAGGGUGCGGCUGUCCCUGCUGGAGGAGAAGCUGGUGGACGUGCUGCAGCUCCUGCAGAGGCUCCGGGACCUGAACAUAUCGAAAAGAGCCCUGGGGAAGAUUUUGCUGAGCACGCUGGACGCUUUCAAGGACCCCACCCACGUGGGGAGGCCCAGCCCAGCAGCCAUCCUGGAUGCCCUGCACCAAGCCUUGGCUGCCUGCCAGCUGUUGAGGAGACAGCCCUCCGCACCAGCCUCUGCAGCAGCUGCGCUCGCCAACCCCCUCCUCGUCUCCUGCUGAGGUUACUGGCCCAGCCUGUGGGCACCCUGCUCAGCCUGACUGCCUUUGGACCAGCCUCCAUGAUCAGCCCAACCACUGACAGCUGGUCUGACCACCGUCACAUCAUCAGAACUUGAGUCUGUGCUGGCUCCUUCCAAGGUUGAGCCCAAGCCCAGAGCCUCCCACUGCAGUGCCUGGAAGCCACCCCUUCCUUGGGCUCCUCCACAUUCCCUCGUAGCCCCUGCAUUCCUGCCACCAGAGUCCACAUUAAAGCCCUGCAGUUGCUGGAUCAGCCUGCA